AUGGACGGGACACAAGCGGGGGAAGGGGACGACGACAAGAAGAAGAAGAAGAAGAAGACGGAAGAAGACGCGGUGCAACUCCGGAGGAAGAUCGGCCUGCUGCCCGCCGUGUGCUUCAUCGUCGGCACAGUGGUGGGCAGCGGGAUCUUCAUCGCACCCAAGGGAGUGCUGGUGAACAGCGGCGGCAGCGUGGGGGUCUCCCUGCUGGUGUGGGUGCUGAGUGGGGUCCUCUCGACGCUCGGGGGCAUGUGCUACGCUGAGCUGGGCACCACUUUCACAAAGUCAGGGGGCCACUUCAUUUACCUCCUGGAGACGCUGGGGCCGCUGCCCGCCUUUUUACGGCUCUGGAUCGAGUGCCUCUUCAUCAGGCCGGCCUUGGCGUCCACCGUGGCCCUGGCGUUCGGCCGCUACGUGGUGGAGCCGUUCUUUACGCCGUGUGCUGCUCCCAUAGAGCUCAUCAAACUGGUCAGCCUCCUGGGGUUGACGUUUGUCGUGGCCAUCAACUGCUGGAGCGUGACCUUGGCCUCCCGCACUCAGGUCACCUUGACCUUCAUCAAGAUGUUCGCUCUGGUCCUCAUCAUCGUCCCCGGAGGCAUCGCGCUGGCCAAAGGAAAAACAGAGAGUUUCCAGAACAGUUUCGAGGUGGACCCGUCGGCGUUGGAUAUGUUGCCCCUGGCCUUCUACAACGGCCUGUAUGCGUACGGAGGAUGGUUUUAUCUCAACUACAUCACAGAAGAGGUCAAAAACCCAAAUAGAAACAUCCCGCUGGCCAUCAUCUGCUCCAUAGUGAUGGUGACCGUCUUCUACGUGCUCAUCAACGUGGCCUACUUCACCAUGAUGACCCCCGCCGAGCUGCUGCUGUCUGAGGCCGUGGCCGUGACGUUCGCAAACCGCGCUUUCCACGGACUGGCCUCCGUGAUUCCCAUUCUCGUGGCGCUGUCCUGCCUCGGGGCGCUCAACGGGGGAAUCUUCGGAACACCCAGGAUGCUGCUGGUUGGAGCCAGGGAGGGCCACUGGCCCCAACUGUUUUCCAUGAUUCACGUCCGCAGACACACGCCUUUGCCCGCCGUGCUAAUCCUGUACCCCUUGAUGGUGUUGAUGUUAGUCAUGGGGGACAUCUACCAGCUCAUCAGCUUCGUCUCCUUCUCCCGCUGGUUCUUCAUCGCCUUGGCAACCUUGGGGAUGAUCCUCCAUCGGUAUCGCUUCCCCGACUACGUACGACCUUUCAAGGUGCACCUGUCCGUGGCGGUCAUCUUCACGGUGGUCUGCUUCUUCAUCGUGGCUCUGUCUCUGUACUCGGACCCCUGGAACACCGGGAUCAGCUGCGCGCUCACACUGAGCGGGAUCCCAGUUUACUACGGGACCGUCUACCGCUACCGCCUACCGCACCGAUUGACACGCUUCUUUGACUACAUCAGCAAGCAGCUGCAGAUCCUGCUGGAAGUGGCUCAACAGGAAGUCCAGACGUACUGAAGAUGUCUUUCUGCUGGAUACCAACCAAGUCCAACAAUGUGUUUUUGUUUAGAUUCUAAUUCUGUGAUUUAACCUUCCAUUUGGAUACUGGACUUAUUUUAAGAUAAACAGGUCGUAAAAUGUUACUAUUACUUCUUAUUUGUAACACCCUGUUCUGUUUCUCCUGUGUCUCCUCUGUCUUAAUUGUUUAAUUCUCUGCACCUGCCCUCAGCCACUCUUGUCUCGUUAGUGUCUGAUGUCGUACACCUGUGUUUCCCUUGUCUGGUGUCGGAUUGUCGUCUAUAGUUCUGUGUCCUUUUCCCGUCGUCCUGUCCGUGGUCCUGGUUCUGCUUGUUGACCCUGCCUGCCCUGAACCUGGAUCCUCUGCCUGCCCCUUUUGGACCUUGUUUUUUGUAAACUGUUUUGCCUCAUUAAAGAGUGCUUUUUUGUUGUUAUUCAUA